AUGCACCUUGCACAAACUCUACCCCCUGAUGCAGUGGAGAAGCCACCUGGUCAAAACUCUGACAUUAAAGGACAGUCCAUCCCCAUAAAGUGGUGCCAUUGUUCUACCUGCUGGCUGCUUGGCAUCCUCCUCACGCGCCGCUGGGCACAGGGCAGCGCUGCCACCAAGGUCUUGGUGAAGCACGUGGUGGUAAAGAUUCACUCGUGUCAGGAAUGUCCUGCUGGCUGCUUGGCCGCUGCCACCAAGGUCUUGGUUAAGCAUGUGGUGGUAAAGAUUCACUCGUGUCAGGAAUGUGGCAAAUCCUUCAGCAAGAAGGGAAACCUGAGGAGACGCCAGCAGAUCCACAGGGCAGAGGAGCUCUUUGCUUGUGGGCAGGGUGGGAGGUGCUUCCCCACCUGGGGCCACCUCACGCCCCACCAGAGCAUCCACGCGGGAGAGAAGCCCUUCUGCUGCGGGGAGUGUGGGCUCUGCUUCCACCUGGAGAUGUGCCUGGCUUCCCACCAGAAGACACGUGCCAAGGGUGGUCCCUACCUCUGCACCCGCUGCGGCAAGAGCCUGAGCACAAGGAUCUACUUCAACAUCCACAUGAGGACCCAUGUGGAGAAGAGGCCGUUCGCCUGCACUGCGUGUGGGAAGAGCUUUGUGAAGAAGGGGACCCUCAGAGCCCACAGGGAGAUCCACAAGGGGGAGAAGCCCUUCAAGUGCCCUGACUGCAGCAGGUGCUUUGGGCAGAGUGCCACUCUGCUGGCCCACCAGAAGAUGCACCUCCGUGGAGGGCCUUUCAUUUGUACUGAGUGUGGGAAGAGCUUGAGCACCAGGCGGUACUUCAGUGUCCACCAGAGGAGCCAUGCUAAGCAAAAGUUGAUGGAGGGACACAUCAAUGAUGUGUCUCUCCAGGUCAUCCAGAUUAAAGAGGAGCCUGAUUCUGACUUCAGGUCAGAGAAUACGGUGUUGGAGAAUACGUCCUGUGAAGGAGAUGUAGCCCAAGGGUGUAGCAGACCUAGAAACCCAUCUAAUCCAAAAAGCCCUCCUUGGAAAAUCCAGAUGAAGGAGGAGCCAGAAUCACACACUGAUGACCCAGAAGACACUACUGCAAUAGCCUGCCAGAAACUUUACGUCAAGGAAGAGCCACCAGAAAACCCAGAUUAUGGAAAGCUCUUUGAUCCAAAAUUCCCACUGGUGGCUUUACAGAAGAGACAGCUUAAAAAGGAAGAAGAUGCUGAUGGGCAGCACGAGUGGGAAGUCCCCAUAGCCAGUAACUGGGUGCUCCAUGUGAAGGAAGAACCACAGCAAAGUGUUGAGUUUGGGAUGCCUUAUGGGCAGAGGCCAAACUUCAGUGCUAUCCAGAGGAUUCACAUCAAAGAGGAACCUGGUGUGGAGUCCAACCCCCAGGAGAGCCAGAGCCCAAAGGGGAAGCAGAAGAAAUGCAACCAACCCACCGAAGAGGAGAUGCUGGAGAACCGAGACCACUCCACCUCCAAGAAAGAUCCCUCAGCAAAAGGAGCUCCCAAGGGUGAACGGAUAUUCCCCUGUCCCGAAUGUGGGAAGAGCUUCAACCAGAAGUCCAACCUGACCAGGCACAGGAAGAUCCACACGAGCGAGGGGCCGUACAAGUGCGGCGAGUGCGGGGAGAGUUUCCGCAUGCGCCGCAAGUUGACCCGUCACCAGAGGCUCCACCUGAGCGAGCCCUUCAAAUGCACCGAGUGUGGGAAGAGCUUCACCCAGAGGUCAAACCUGGUUCGGCACCAGAGGAUCCACACCAAGGAGGAGCCCUACCAGUGCCCCGAGUGCGAGAAGACCUUCAACCAGAAGGCCAACCUCUUCCGUCACCAAACCAUCCACGUCCGCAUGGGGGCCUGCAACUGCACCAAGUGUGGGAAAUGCUUCCCCCACAAGGGUCACCUUAUUAAACACCAAGUGCUCCACUCCCAAGGUGGGGCCUACAGGUGUGAGGUGUGUGGGAAGUGCUACCGGCUGAAGAAGUACCUGAGGAGGCACCAGAAAAUCCACGCGCGGGAAGGAGCUGCUCCCCGCGCAGAACGGGGCGAGGAGGAGGAGGCCACCAGGACUGGUGGGGGGUCCCACCACCAUAAACAGACAGUACUGGUCCCCAUGAAAAGUGUAGAGGAAUGCUGA